AUGACCCGUUGUUCGUCCCCUCUCUCAGGCGAUGGCUCUGCCCUCAGAGACCAUGUGAUCAAACACGGAGCCGUCCUCCCUCUGCUCAGCCUGCUGGCCGUGCCCGACCUCUCCGUGCUCACUGUGGGCUACCUGAGGAACGUGACCUGGACCCUCUCUAACCUCUGCAGGAACAAGAACCCGUCCCCCCCCCUCGCAGCCAUCCAGCAGAUCCUGCCUGUGCUGGUGCGUCUGCUGCACCACGAGGACCGGGAGGUGCUGGCUGACGCCUGCUGGGCCGUGUCCUACCUGACGGACGGCUCCAACGACCGCAUCGAGGUCAUGGUGCAGACCGGGCUCAUCCCCCGCCUCGUCAAGCUGCUCGGGUUCGAGGAGCUGCCCGUCGUGACCCCCGCGCUGCGAGCCCUGGGGAACAUCGUGACGGGGACAGACGAGCAGACGCAGGCGGUGCUGGACUCCGGAGCCCUCGCCAUGUUCCCCGCUCUGCUGCGCCACAAGAAGGCCAACAUCCAGAAGGAGGCGGCCUGGACGCUGUCCAACGUGACGGCCGGCAGGGACUGCCAGAUCCAGGAGGUCAUCGACGCCGGGCUCGUGCCCCUGCUGGUGGACGUGCUGCUCCGGGGUGACUAUAAAACCCAGAAGGAGGCGGUGUGGGCCAUCACGAACUUCACCAGCGGGGGGUCCGUGCAGCAGGUGGUCUACCUGGUGCAAGCCAACAUCCUGGAGCCGCUGCUGAACCUCCUCUCCUCCAAGGACAGCAAGAUCGUCCUCGUCAUCCUGGAUGCCAUCACCAACAUCUUCAUGGCUGGGGAUAAAAUCGGCGAGUCCGAUAAGCUGAGUCUGAUGGUCGAAGAGUGCGGAGGACUCGACAAGAUCGAAGCUCUGCAGAAUCACGAGAACGAGAUGGUCUACAAAGCUUCCCUCAACCUGAUCGAGAAAUACUUCUCUGACGAGGACGAGGUGGUUCAGUCUGUGGUUCCCGAAGUGACCGAUGACGGCUAUGCGUUCCAGAUCAGUGAAAACCAAAGCACAAGUUUCAACUUCUAGAGACUUUCUGAUUUCCACUUCUUCUCUACACUUUACUGUACCCUCCUCUCCUGUUUGUCUCCAUCUGUGGAGGUUCCUGUAUGUGUUGUACAUACUGUUUUAAUGUGACAAAACAUGACUGUAAAUAAAGUUGUUUGUACCACUA